GGGGAUGGUUGCCGAGUGAGGGGAGGGCGAGGGGCGAUCAUGCUGCGCCGGCUCUUGGUCUUCCUGGUCCACCCUUGUUUUCUCCCCAGCAGCGGCGGCAACGGCAACAUGUUCUACGCGGUGCGCAACGGCAGGAGGACGGGAGUGUAUCACUCCUGGGAGGAAUGUAAAGAACAAGUGAACAAGUAUCAAAAUGCUAGUUUCAAAAAAUUUUCAACAGAGGAAGAUGCUUGGGAUUUUGUAAAUGGCGAGUCAUCGCAGUCAGCAAGUUUCAGUGGUAUGGCUAAUGAAAGGCAGCAAAAUAAUACUUACGGGGGUAAUAAGACUACAUUCUGGUCAGAUUAUAGCUCAUAUAAGAGACCAUCUGAAGAGCCCACAGAAAGCAAGCGUAAGAGAAAGCGUACCAAAUACACAGAAGUGCCUGACACAACUUCAGGGAAUAGUCUGUCAUAUAUGGGCGACUAUGCGGUUGUUUAUACUGAUGGGUGUUGCUCAAGUAAUGGGCGGCAUAAAGCUCGUGCUGGAACUGGUGUCUACUGGGGACCUGCUCAUCCUCUAAAUAGUAGUGAGAGACUUCCUGGGAGGCAGACCAAUCAGAGAGCUGAAAUACAUGCAGCUUGCAAAGCUAUAGAGCAAGCAAAGAGCCAGGACAUCAAGAAACUGGCUAUCUAUACUGACAGCAAGUUCACCAUUAAUGGUAUAACAAACUGGGUUCCAAACUGGCAGAGAAAUGGUUGGAGAACCAGCACAGGGAAAGAAGUGAUAAACAAAGAGGACUUUGAAAGGCUUGCUAAGCUUUCAGAAGGCAUGGACAUCCAGUGGAUGCACGUUCCAGGUCAUUCAGGCUUUCAAGGAAAUGAAGCAGCUGAUCAUCUAGCAAGAAAAGGAGCUGGAAAAGCUCUGUGAUGACAUUUUGGAACUACAGAGUUCCUUUUGAGUUCUCUGGCAGUGAUAAGAAUACAGGCUUGUUAAACUGGGACAGGAUGCCUGGUUAACAUGAGUUUUUGGUUGCAUCUCCACCCAGCUUCAUCAGUGUUCUGAAGGCCUGUGCAUACUUUCUCCUGCUCUAAUGAUGUAUUUUCAAACAUCUAAUUGAAAGUGGUUCCAGUUCUGUGAGAAUUAAGGUGCCUCAAGUUUUUAGGCAGCACAUUGCCAUGUUUGUUUUAAAUUCCGCAGUUUAGAGUUUGUGUAUAAGUUUUGUAAGGCUAGCAACUUCAGAAGUGUCAAAAUAUAUCAACAGGGAAAGUGCAAUCUGUUUUCUGGACAAUAGUAUUUUUUCCCUUUGAGCUUUGAAAUAAAGAUUUUUGUUUUUA